CAACAAGAUGGUGUGUCAUCACAACUGCAGAGGAGAUUAAAUGCAAUGAGCUGAGAUUACAAUUGGAAGCAGCCAAAGUGGCAAACGCAACGCUUGCUAAACUGCUUCCUGAAAUAUUUCAGUGUGUUCGCACCAAUGACUUAUUCACCUGCAUGGACAUGAUAGAAAAAGAUGAAGCUGAUUUAAUUACAUUGGAUUCUGGUCUUGGGUAUUUUGCGGGACGGCAGCACAACAUGAUGCCGAUAAUGGCAGAAGACUAUGGCUAUGAUAAUUCUGACAGACAAGUGUACUAUUCCGUGGCAAUGUUCAAAGCAACGGACACAGUGACUCUUGCAAGUUUGAAAGACAAGAUAGUAUGCUACUCAUCCAUUGGUAUGAGUGCUGGUUGGGUCUACCCAAUAGGAAGUAUGCUGCUCCAGCACUACAUCACAGUUGAUCAGUGUAAUGCCAUAGUUAAAGCCGUGUCAACUUUCUUCAGAGGAAUGUGCCUUCCCGGCUCACUGACCUCAUUCUACAACCCCUUUGGAAAUAACCCCACAUCAGUGUGUGACCAAUGCACUGGCAAAAAUGAAGAGUUCUGUGCUACAAGUGAUGAAUAUGCUGGUUACGAUGGUGCUUUCAAAUGUGUGGCAGAUGGUAAUGGACAGCUGACCUUUCUCAGACAUGACACAAUCAUACAGAUGACUAGCCCUGAAAACAGCAAUAAUCUGACAGGAUUCUCGUAUUCGGCAGAGAAUUACCGGCUGCUGUGUCCUGAUGGGCGUAGUACUACAGUUGAUGAUUAUGUUAACUGUAACUGGGGAGAAGUCAGGCCAAACAUAAUCAUGACCUCAGCUGUAAGAGAUCCAGAAUCAUUGGCUGGCUACAAGACAUUUCUUCACGCGAUAGAGGAGCUGUUUGGACCCGAUGGGUAUUCCACCAGCAAAUUUAAAAUUUUCAGGUCAGAGACCACGUAUCCUUCAGAUGUCUUCCAGCAAACGCUGACGAGAAGAAACCAGAUGUUCUCAGAUAUGACUAAGAAGUUCAUGGACACAGGAACUGAGACUUACUACACCUGGGUUGGAGAUAAAUUCAUGGGCCUUCUGAAUGAGAUGAAUCGCUGUCCGUCUGACACUGUUCGCUGGUGUUUGACUUCCUUGGCCGAAAAACUGAAGUGCGAGGACAUGAUCAUGGCAUUCAAGGCCAAAGAAUUGAAACCAGAAAUGGACUGUCUCUAUGGCGGCAACACUACUAACUGUAUGGAAAUGAUCUACCGAGGAGAUGCUGAUCUCAUAAAUCUUGAUGCUGGAGAUAUCUACAUUGCGGGAAGGCGAUAUGGGCUUGUGCCUAUUGCAGCUGAAGACUAUGGAGACAUGACGAUGGAGUUUAAAGUUGUUGCAGCAGCAAGAAAAACUGACAAGUACACCACUCUCUUCAAUAUGAGAGGCAAACGAGCAUGUCAGCCUGGAAUAAAUCGGGGUGAUGGUUGGAUUAUUCCGCUCAACAUCUACAUUGAAACUGAACAAUUUCUUCCCAGUGACUGUUCAAUUUUUAGGAAUAUUGGUGAGCUGUUUGCAAGAAGCUGCAUUCCAGGUGCCCUGGACACAGAGUACAAUCCUAAUGUGAGGCCUAUUAACCUGUGUGAAGGCUGUGGUGGUGGAGGUUUCCGAAAGUGUCAACGGAACAGUGAAGAGCAGUAUUAUGGAGCAAGUGGGGCCUUCAGAUGCCUUGUGGAAAAGGGCGGGGAUGUAGCAUUUGUCCGUCAUUUGACUGUAAGAGACAACACAGAUGGCCGUAAUCAUGCCAUAUGGGCUAGGAACAGGAGGUCAGAUGACUACGAACUACUCUGCAAGGAUGGCCGGCGACUCAACGUUGAUCGCUUUGAAGAAUGCCACCUUGGAUAUGUUCCUUCCAAUGCCAUUGUUACCUCAGCUGAUAAGUCUCCCAUACAGAAGGAUAUCAUCUGGAGUCUCCUUAACUAUGGCCAGCAGUUUUUCUCGUCGGACAUAGAUGGAGACUUCCACAUGUUUGACUCCGGAAUCUGGUACACAGAUUUGAUCUUCACAGAUGCAGCUGUCAGGCUAAUGAGGAUUCCAGAGGAGAGACAGAAUUACAAAGACUGGUUAGGGGAAUCAUUCCUGUCGCAGACCGAGAAUCUGCACAAAUACACCUGUGUUAGUCCUGACAGUGGGAUUUCCUUAAGUCCAAAUCUUUUGUUGUCUGUCAUGAUUGCAGUUAUUUCCCUGCUUGUAGUGGGUUUGUAG